AUGAAUUCCCAGGUUUCGGACCUGGGUACGCCGAAUGGGGUGGCCGGGAGUAUGCCGCGACCCUCGGCAAAUUCCGGGCAUCGGCGCCUGCAUCCUGUUGGCAAGAGUCGCCACGUCCGCAUUGAAGAAAUGCAUCGUGGCGACUGGCUGAAGUUGGAGAAAGUCACGUAUAAAGAUGCGUCUGGAUCCCGGGAGCUUAUCUGGGAGCGCUUCGUCCGCGUCACGCCGCUGCAUGCAGACCAUACCCAGGUUACACAGGUCCCAACAGUCUCAGAGGCAACGUCUCCAGUGGGGGCCCUACCCAAAGACGAGGUUGACACAAACGUUGAAACGACUCCGUGCGCUCAGUCCAAGUCCUCGACUGCCUGUUCACAGGAUUCACCGGAAGUUGCCAGUGAAGAACUGAACUCCCACAAUGAAACGAGUAUCUCCCGGCCCGCCCAGGAGAUCCGCGGCGACGUCUUACCAGAGCAGAAGGCCUCAAGAGGGACAGAUAGCAAAGACGCACGGAGAGACGGGGUGGGACCGUCCAGUGCAGAUGGCAGGUUCGAGAGCACGAGCGACGUUCCCCAGGAAAAUGUAGAGGCUGACAGCGUCGCAGUUGUGGCCAUAGCUCGUGGGGGCCGAAACUGCAUGAAUCAAGAUGAGCCGAGCAUUAUUCUCGUCAAGCAGUAUCGGCCUGCAGUGGAUGCCGUCACGGUAGAACUUCCUGGCGGACUCGUGGACAAGGGAGAGGACGUCGGAACGGCGGCGGUGCGAGAGCUGAGAGAAGAGACAGCGCUGGAGAGAACGCCGCAAAUGAGCAGCGACAGGGAGGAACGCUGUCUGUGUUUUGACUACGGCUCAGGUUUCGUAGGCGAGGUCGUAUCCGUCGGGCCCAAGGUGACGCAGAGCACGCUCGGGAGAGAAGAACUCCACCUCGUCACUAUCCUGGUGGAUCUAGAAGCCUCCGACAACGUGACUCCUCGACAGCAGUUGGAUACGGAAGAGGAUAUCGAGGUUGUCAUCAUUCCUCUCCGAAAUCUUUUGCAGGCAAGUUGA